UUGUGCUACGGACCUACGGUCUAGGACUAGGAGCUCUGCUUUCAUGGCUCGUAGCAAUGGAACUUCUCUAGUUACCAACGCGCACGGUUAAAAACACCGGCGAAAUUGUGAACGGAACCGCGAAAUGGCAUCUGUUGCUUCUCCAAUUCUCCUCUCAUCGUCGCUGAUUCAACGAAACCCUAAUUGUAGUUCCCUUGUCCAGACUCAUGUGAGAUUCCACAGAAAUGCUCGAACCUUAAUAAUGGCGGCUAAGCCGGAGGAGGAUCCUUCUCAGAGAUCCACUAAAUUGGUCACUUUCUUAGGUAAAGGAGGUUCUGGCAAGACUGCCUCUUCUGUUCUUGCCGCUCAGUACUACGCGAACGCUGGGCUCAAGACAUGUUUGGUAAUACAUUCUCAGGACCCUACUGCAGAACAUCUUUUGGGCUGUAAGAUUGGAACUUCUCCUACUACUUGCAAUAACAACCUUUCAGCCAUUAGAUUAGAAACCACUAAAAUGCUUCUUGAACCUCUUAACCGUCUGAAGCAAGCAGAUGCACGUCUUAAUUUAACCCAGGGGGUUCUCGAAGGGAUUGUGGGUGAAGAGCUUGGAGUUCUACCUGGAAUGGAUUCCAUUUUUUCAGCUUUGGCAGUUGACAAAUUGGUUGAAUUCCUCAGGACUGCAUCUCCAAGAAAGCAACCAGAAGAAAAAUUUGACAUAAUUAUAUAUGAUGGCAUCAGCACUGAGGAGAUGCUACGGAUGAUAGGUGCGACUGACAGAGCAAGGUGGUAUUUGAAAUACCUGAGGAACAUUGCUGAGAACACCGAUGUUGGGAGAUUAAUAACACCUUCAAUCUUGAGACUAGCAGAGGAAGCCAUGAAGUUAAGUGGUGGUAGGAUGCGUUUUGAUGGGAGAAUGAGUGCAGAGAUAUGGGAGGAUUUUGAAUUGAUUCUAGAGAGAGCAUCUGUUUCAUUUACCGAACCAUCAAAGUUUGGCUGCUUCCUCACAAUGAACCCAAGUUGUCCACUAUCAGUCAAUGCUGCAUUACAUUAUUGGGGUUGUGCAAUCCAAGCUGGUGCACAGAUUUCUGGAGCAUUUUGUUUCACUCCUUCACAAUCUUCUGCAGGAUUAGUGGACAUGCUUGAGAAGAACUUCUCACCCAUGCCUUUUGCAUUCAUGCCUUUUCUUUCUAUAGGUUCUGUAGAUUGGGAUGAGGUGCUCAAAGUUCUGAACGAAGAUGCAAAGAAUCUCCUUUCUGUGGCAUCAGGCAGCAGCAUCAGCAGUGGCAAUUGGUUUCAACCAUCAGUUAAAUUUGAUCCAACAAAAAAGUCAGUGACACUUUUCAUGCCAGGUUUUGAUAAAUCGGAAAUUAAGUUGUUCCAGUAUAGGGGAGGAUCUGAAUUGUUGGUUGAAGCAGGGGACCAAAGGCGUGUCAUUCGUUUGCCUUCUAAAAUUCAAGGGAAGGUGGGAGGUGCUAAGUUUACAGACAGAAAUCUUGUAGUUACUAUGAAAUAGUUGUGUGGACCCUAUUGAAUUCUUGUUUCUUACAAAAGAAGAUAAUAAGAAAAGAGCACACAGAUGACAGGUUGCUAUUAA